AUCGUAAGGCUGCCGGGCUAUGACAAGAGACGCAGCUGUUGCUGCACCUCUUCAAAUCUGACCUCAGCCUUACCCCGCCCCACGAGCACAGCCUACGUAUCGUCGCGCGCAGGCCUUCUUGUCUUCGCUCUCCACUUUCGAUGCACACAUGAAUAUAUGCUACCAAACUAUCGCUCAUUGCAAUGGAACCACUACGCUGCAAGAGCGCAGAUGACGACCAACGUUUCCGACCCCGAACUCUCAUCCGACGGCAAACCUCAGAUCCAAUUGUUUGAAUCAGCGCUCUCAGAGGAGUACACAUGUCUCUCAUACACUUGGGGGCAAGAGAACGAUGGGGGAGGUCCCUUCCCCAUCCUUAUCAACGGCAAGACGUUCCCCAUACGCCGCAAUCUAAAGAUCUUUUUACAUAUUGCAAUGAGAAAAUAUCCGAAACAAAGAAUCUGGAUUGAUGCAAUUUGCAUCGAUCAAGGUAAUAAUGCCGAAAAAUCAGAUCAAGUAUCCAGAAUGGGAGAGAUCUACAGCCUGGCCGUAAGGGUUUAUGCAUGGCUAGGGGAAGCAAGUCGCGAGACCGACCUCGUCUUUGCAGUUCUGCAACAGUUUAGGGAUCGUAAAAGAGAAGAGGCAUGCCCGACCUCUUUCGAUGCUGCCGAACAACUAUCUAUCUAUCAGCAACUAUUUCGCGAUAUCUAUCAGGAAGAAGCUGGCAGUUUACCUGAUCAGUGUGAGUGGCACGAUAAAACAUUACACAAAGAAUUCAACUGGCUAAGACCCUUAUAUGAACGGUGUUACUGGCAACGUGUCUGGAUUGUUCAAGAGCUCGUCCUGGCAAAAACGGUGAUUGUCCACUGUGGCGACAAAUCUAUUGAUUUCGACGACAUAUAUGGGCUUAGCCCUGACUGGGGCUCAUUCGAACAGGAGUUUGAUAUGACGGGCUAUAAUACAGUGAAACAGCAUACGAAAGGGUGGAGAACCAUCAGAACCAUCCAUGGGCAUCGCUCAAGAAGAAAAAUAGUGGAAUGGAAGAUGGAUGGAGAGGCUCUCUAUUCGAUGAACAUCAAAAUGUCAGAGAAGGGCGAUGUUGCGGUGUUGGAUGAAGUGAUUAGGAUAUACGCCAAGCACCACGAAUGCAGUUGCCUCAAAGACAAAAUCUACGGCUUCCGUGAGCUGAUUUCUCGGUGGAAAGAAGAGCUUGUGGUGGAUUACAAGAAGUCUGAUCUAGAAGUUUUCUUGGAUGUUGCGAGGCUUGGUUUAUUUGACUCUAAACAAUACGGAGGGCAGUACAUAGCAUGUUGCUUAUGGGAAGCGAUGAAACUGGGCAAUAGCGAAGACUUCAGCGACUGCAUACGGCAACAUCUGCCUGAGCUUGAUGUGUAG